CUACUCUACUACUCUACUCUACUACUCUACUCUACUACCAUGGUCAACAUCCCCUCCACCCAGAAGGCCGUCGUCUUUGAGAAAUCAGGCGGCCCCCUCGUCUACAAAGACAUCCCCGUCGCCACCCCCGGCCCCGAAGAGAUCCUCAUCAACGUCAAGUACUCUGGCGUCUGCCACACCGAUCUCCACGCCUGGAAGGGCGACUGGCCUUUGGACACUAAACUCCCCCUCGUCGGUGGCCACGAAGGCGCCGGUGUCGUCGUAGCUAAAGGCGACCAGGUCACCAACUUUGAACUCGGCGACCUCGCCGGCAUCAAAUGGCUCAACGGCUCCUGCCUCUCCUGCGAGAUGUGCAACCUCGGAUUCGAGCCCAACUGCCCGCACGCCCUGCUCUCCGGCUACACCGUCGACGGCUCGUUCCAGCAGUACGCCAUCGCAAAGGCCAUCCACGCCGCCCCCAUCCCCAAGGGCACCGAUCUCGCAAAGGUCGCCCCGAUCCUCUGCGCCGGAAUCACAGUCUACAACGCAAUCAAAGAGUCUGGUGUCAAGCCCGGCCAGUGGCUCGCCAUCACCGGCGCCGGCGGCGGUCUCGGCACCCUCUGCAUCCAGUACGCAAAGAUCAUGGGUCUCCGCGUCGUCAGCGUCGACACCGGCGACGCCAAGGCCAAGCUCACCUCGCAGCUCGGAUCCGAGGUCUUUAUCGACUUUGCGACCACGCCCGACAUUGUCUCCGAGGUCAUCAAGGUCACCGACGGCGGACCCCACGCCGUCAUCAACGUCGCCGUCGCAGAGAAGCCGUUCGAGCUGUCGUGCAGAUACGUGCGCCCACGUGGCACCGUCGUCGCCGUCGGUCUCCCCGCCAACGCCUACAUCCGAUCAGAGAUCUUCUCGACCGUGAUCAAGUCCAUCACUAUUAAGGGUUCUUAUGUCGGCAACCGCGCCACCACCACCGAGGCCCUUGAUUUCUUUGCGCGCGGUCUGGUUGAGUCGCCUAUUAAGAUCGUUGGUCUUUCGGAGCUGCCGAAGGUUUAUGAGUUGAUGGAGAAGGGUGAGAUUGCGGGCAGAUAUGUGCUGGACACUAGCAAGUGAUUAAGUGAGGCAGCUGUGCUGUCUUGUUUCUUGUUUCUUGUUUCUGUGAUGCCCGAAUGUUUUGUUUUGUUUUGUUUGCUUUGCUGUAAUGAAAAUGUCGCCUCUUU